CUACUCAGUGUCCUCCCCAUCGCAUUUAGCCGCCAGUAUGGCGGCAUAAUGAAUCUCCUUCGACGCUCAAUCCCCUCCACAAUCGCCGCGGGCGCGGCGACACCGCCCACUCCGAUCGACACCACCAGCGACAAGGAUACGAGCAAGAUGGCAGGAGGUUUCGUGGCCUUCUCAAGGGUAUGUCAACGCUUCAUGCCGACCCCGUGCUCAUAUCGGGAAUACUGAUCAAUGAUACCUAGACUGUCCUCCUACCUAUGGUCAUAUCCUUGGUCCUUUAUCUCGUCAUCUUCCACGCGCUGCUACCACUGUACCGACGACACCGCGCCCGCUAUUCACAAUACCUCCCGCUCCAGUCAACCUCUCUGUCUUCCCACCUACCCGAAGCGCUUCAACCUGCAUCUCUGCGCGACCGUCUCGGCACAUUAUUCUUCAAGCUCUUCCUGCCCUCAACCUGGGCGUUCCGCAACCGGUUCAAUCGCCGGGACAGCGUGAUCAGCGCAGAGGGUGACCUCUUCGACGUCGAAUCCGGAGAGGCAAUGGUUGGGUUCGACGUUCAAGAAAGGGGCAUACGUCGAAACGGCCUGGAGCGUCAAGUCUCCGACAUGGACGCAGCGACGCGGACCGCGAAUCAAGCGGUGGAUGUGGCCCUCGACUCGAAUCGACGGUUAAGUCGCGAGCUGGAGGAAGGAUUCCGAGACGAUAGCGAGGAGGAAGCAGAGGAACACCAAGUGGUAGUCGGGAGGAGAAGUGCAAGUGCUCGAGGAUAAAAAGAAGAAUAGAAAUUGAGCCACUCCAACCUGACCGGAAUAUAAUACUCCUCGCGUUCACGUUGUCUGUGUCCAACCACCGAAUGAGCGUAUAUCCAAGGCACCUAAAGUACAUUCAGGCACGCAAGAUUGGAGGUGCGUCCAGGGUUCCUAUGGCUUGUUGCUUCUGCUCGUCCUCCGUAUCUGCCCACGGAUCUCAACGUCGAGAUUGACGGCGUGAAACCGUUGCGA